AUGAGCAAGGGCAGCAAGCCAUGGUUGCCGCAGACAGCAGCCCCAGAGAUCAUAUUCUACAAUGCGAAUGUCGUGGACGUUGAAGCUGGUCGGGUUAUUCCAAGUUCUACAGUGCAUAUAAACAACGGUCGUAUCGUUAGUGUGACUACAGGUGGCGCAGAUAAUCCACCCUCAGGACCAAAUGCGGUAGAUCUGAUGGGCCAGUACAUCUGCCCUGGCUUGAUCGACUGCCAUGUGCAUCUCACUGCAACACCUGGCUCAUCCUCUCUUAAAGACAUGUUUGCUGCAAACUCCAACAGCAUUGCAUACCGCACAUCAUUUGUGGCACGCGAGAUGCUUCUCCGAGGAUUUACUACAGCUCGUGAUACAGGUGGUGCUGAUUAUGCUCUCCGUGACGCGAUAUCGGAAGGCUUGAUCAUGGGACCAAGACUUUUCAUAGCAGGGAAAGCUCUGUCGCAAACCGGCGGACACGGGGACUUCCGAGCCAAUUACCAGGGCGACGAGUACAAAUGCUGCGGCGGACACUCCGUUUACCUGGCUAGGGUGUGUAACGGCGUUCCUGAGUGCCUGAGCGCGGUGCGGGAUGAACUGAGGCAGGGUGCCGACUUUGUCAAGAUCAUGUGUGGAGGUGGCGUUGCAUCACCGUCUGAUGCUCUUGAUAUGGUUCAGUUCACUGCGGAAGAAAUUCGCGCAAUCACGACGACUGCCAAGCAAUCUAAGACCUAUGUUACAGCUCAUGCAUACAGCGUUGAAGCUAUUCGUCAUGCUGUCGACAAUGGGGUCCGAGGCAUCGAGCAUGGAAAUUUCAUCGAUGAGGAAACCGCCGCCUAUUGCACAAGAUUGGGUGUGGUAUUCACGCCGACUUUGGUGACUUACUACGGCAUGUCGCGCCCUCCAUUCGAUAAGUUCUUGGACAAUGCCAGUCAAAUCAAGAAUCGUCAGGUUUUAGCUAGCGGCUUGAAUGCAUUGUCUAUCUUGCGCAAGGCUGGGGCAACUAUCUGCUACGGAUCUGAUCUACUAGCUGGCCUGCACCCGCUCCAAAACGAAGAGUUUUCCAUCCGAUCGAGUGUUCUAAGCGCAAAGGAAAUUUUGCAGUCAACUACUAUCAAUGCUGCAAAAUACUUGGGAAUGGAGGGUCAACUUGGAUGCAUCAAGAAAGGGAGUAUUGCUGAUAUUCUAGUACUGAAAUCUAACCCUCUUGAAGAUAUAACCAUUUUGGAUCACAUCCAAGACAAUCUUGUGGCGAUUCUUAAAGAUGGACGUGUCGUUUUCAAAAAGUCAGCCUGGCUUUCCGUCGAUUUCAUGUAUGAUCCCUGUCGCAUCCAACCCCAAUGA